AUGGCUAGAAGUACGGAUCUGCAUGAUGGCGAAGCAACUGGUGACCUAGGCACUCGUACUGAAGGCGCAAGCGACUCAGGUUCUGCCGGACAGGAAGUGCAUGCGAGCGUGUUGGAUAAACUGCGGCUAGAAAUUGAGCUAUAUAAAGCUAAGAUGCAGUUUGCUCAAGCAGAGCACGAUAGGAGUAGCACAAGUAGUCGGCCAAGCACAAGUAGAUCCAGAGUGGGAGAUUAUGCAAGGGAUCUGAAAGGCGUACUAACUGCGAUGCCGGAAACGGAAGCGUUAGUUCCCGCAUGGUUCACAGCGGUAGAGACCAUCUUUACGAAUUUUGAUGUACCGGAAGACGUACAGGGCCCAGUUUUACUGCUAUUUGGAUGGGCCUAUUUGAAUGAGAAGAUGAGAGCUGUUAUCGCUAGGCAUGGCAACGGGCAGAUCCUUGACUAUGAGGAACUGAAACAAAAGGUUCUAACUGAGCUACGCUUGACCCCCGGAGAAUACAAACGUUUGUUUUUCCAUGCGAAGAAGGGUGAUUCUGAAUCAUGGAGCCAGUUCACGACAAGGCUGGAAUCCCUCUUUGACCAUUACGUCACUAGCCGUAAAGUUAAGUCACAGCAGGAUUUACGGGACUUAGUGAUUGCGGAUCGCUUAAAGGCUGUAAUGCCAGAGGACACCAGGUCCUAUCUUAUGUUGACUGAGGCAGACACGUGGUUUAAGCCUAGUAAAUUAGCCGAGCUAGCGGAAAAUUUUGAUGACAGCAAAAAGGGGGCGAAGCAUCAGAAGAAUCAAAAUCUUCCGUGGGAUAAAAAGGUGCUGCCAGGGACAAAGGAAAAACAGUCAUCAGCUAACUACUCCAACGGCAGGCAAAAUAGCCAGGCAAGCCGUAAUACUAGUCGCGGAAGUACAGUGAAGUGUUACGGGUGCGGUGAACUAGGUCACUACAAAAGCCACUGCCCCCAGACAUCCGUGAAAACGGGAAAAGCAGAGUCACGCGCGUCUAGUACAAAGGAGAAAGGGGAAGAUAAUGUCGUAGCGAAGGUUUCCCUUUUAUGUAAAGAGGUCAGGGACUCCCAAGGGUUAACAAACAAGGAACCACCGACGGUGCGGCUUUGUAUAGAUGACAAGGUGGUGAAUGCUCGUCUGGACUCAGGGGCCGAUGUAACUGUAAUUCGCAAGGAUGUUGUUCCUGAUAAAUUCAGGGAAAAGGGAAGCCAGGAAGUAAAGUUAAAGGGGGCUUUUGGUCACCUUGCGGAAGCUGAACUUAUGGAAGUUCCAUUAGGUUUGCAGGCUGAAAGAGAAUGUGCUCAACAGGUUAUGACCCUGUGUGCAGUUACUGACGAGCUGUCGGUCGGUGUAGAUGUGUUACUAACACCCGAGGAUUAUGAGGAAAUAAAGCACGUUAAGCAGACUCUGGAAAAGGAAGCCGAAGCGAUGGCUAAAAGUGAGGAAAGCGUGGAAAGUUCUGGUAUCCCUAGAGCGAGGGAGGAAGAGCAAGUUUCCUUUGAGGAUGAGGAAAACGAGAAUGAAGAGAACGGUACACCCUUAGAGUUAUCUGUAAACGUAGCUGAAGGCAUUGUGGAAAAUGAGAUGUCAAUGAGUGUAGAAUCGCGAAAAUUUGCGCUCGAACAAAGGGAGGAUGAAUCCUUAAAGGAGUCAUGGGAACAAGCUAAUGAAGGGACCCAUGGGAUGGUGAUAGAAGGUGGGCUCUUGUAUCAUGAGGAGAAGAACGACUUAGGGGUUUGUAAACAGUUGGUCUUACCAACCGGGCGCAGAAAAGAGGUGCUCUCGUUGGCGCACGACUCGCCCUGGGGAGGCCACUUUUCCAUGAAGAAAACUAAACAGCGAGUCAAAAGUGCGUUCUAUUGGCCCUCCGUCGUGUCAGAUAUAAGAAAGCACUGUCAGUCGUGCCACAGUUGCCAGAUCUUUUCUAGAAGUAAAGAAACUGACCGUGUCCCAAUCACCCCUUUGACGAGACCAGAAAAACCCUUCGAGAUGGUUUUCAUUGACUGCAUUGGGCCUUUGGACCCACCGUCCGCACGUGGGCAUAAGUACGCGCUUAGCAUUGUGGAUUUGAGCACGAGGUGGCCCGAGGUCAUCCCUCUGAGAUCUCUAACCGCUAAGGCCACGUGCCAAGCUCUAGUUGAGGUGUUUGCUCGUUACGGAACACCUGAAUUGAUAUGCUGCGAUCAGGGGACUAACUUUACAAGUAAACUCACUCAAGAGCUGACGGCAAAGAUGGGCGUCAAAAUGCGAUUUUCCACGCCAGACCAUCCACAAAGUAAUGGUCUAGUAGAGAGAUGGAAUGGGACCUUCAAAGCUAUGUUAAAGCAUGUAAUCGAGACUAAGGGGAGAGAGUGGGAUAAGUAUGUCCCCUGCUUGAUAUGGGCAUAUAGGGAGGUGCCGAACGAGAUCACAGGGACAUCCCCAUUUGAGUUGAUGUUCGGUCGGAUGCCCAACGGUCCUCUUUCCAUCUUGAAACAGACGUGGGCGGGGGACUGGACUCCUCCCACAGGACUAAACAAACCUGCCAGUACAUACUUGGCUGAAUUAAGGGAACGCAUGGCAUCUAUGGCUAAGGAGGUUAGCGAAAGGACAGCUACGAAACAGAAGGAGUAUGCAUCGCGGUAUAACCUUAGAACUCGGUCGAAGGUGUUUAAAGCUGGAGGUAUUGUUCUUGUACUGGAAACAGAGAGAUCAAGCAAGCUUCAACCAAAGUGGAAAGGGCCAGCGACAGUAAAAGAGAAGAAGCGCGAAGAUAGUUACGUUGUAACAUUAGAAGACGGGACAGAACGCUGGGUUCAUGCGAAUAAACUGCGACCCUACAUGACUAGAGUAAACGCCGUCGGCGUGAUUUUUGAGGAAGACGAGGAAUUUGGAAGUGUUAGUACACUACCACAGCCUACGAGCGGAACCGCACAAAAGGGAGUUGGGAACAUAUCUUCUCAUCUCACGGCAGCACAGAGAUCUGAGCUUGAAAAUGUCAUCUCUAAGUUUCAAGAAGUGUUUGAUGACAAGCCGGGGAAAUGCAAAGUAGGAUGUCAUCGUAUUCAGUUAGAAAAUGGUGCAAAACUCGGUAAGGCAUUUCCAUACAAGGUUCCGGUAGCUCUACGUCAGGAAGUAGAUAGACAGGUUGAAGAACUGCUAAAAUGGGGACUCAUUUUACCCGGUUGA